GUCUUGCUACAUAUCUAUAGGUGGAGGUGACUCAAGGUGUAGGGUGGUGUUGUCUGUUUUGGGACCUAUUUUUUCACUCUGGGGAUAGGGUGAAUUUAUUUGUAAAUAUUUAUAUAUACUUUUUAUAUAAUUGUAUCUUUUUUAUCAUCAUGACUGCUGUUUCCCCGGAUUAUUUGGUGAUUUUAUUCACUACUACUGCGGGUGCUAAUGGUCCCAAAUUGGGUUCAGAUGAGAAAGAAGUGAUUCAGUUGUUAUGGAAAGUGAUUGACCUAGCUAACAAAAAGGUAGGGGAGCUGCACCAAGUACCAGUCAGUCCUGACCACCUUGAAGUGACAGAAGAAUGUGCAGAAGGGAAGGAUAUUGAUUUGGAAAAGCUGAAGACAGCUCCCCGCCUGGAACAAGCUCUGCAACAGUUUAACCAGUCAGUUGGUAAUGAGCUAAACAUUGGUGUGGGCACUUCAUUCUGCCUGUGCACCGAUGGUCAACUUCACGUCAGGCAAGUGCUGCAUCCUGAAGCCUCUAAAAAGAAUAUAUUACUUCCUGAAUGUUUUUACUCCUUUUUUGACCUGAGAAAAGAAUUUAAGAAGUGCUGUCCUGGAUCAAAUGAUGCAAGUGAGCUGGAUAUAGCAACCAUGGCAAGUUAUCUGGGCUUUGAAAAAAGAAAUGUAGAGUGUCCAUAUGGAGUGUCCGAGGUGGAAGAAAUGGGAGACAUAAUUGUAACAUUGAUUUCAGAGCCAUACAACCACAGGUUUUCAGAUCCUGAAAGAGUAAAUUACAAAUUUGAAUCUGGAACGUGUAGCAAACUGGAAAUAAUUGACGACAACACAAUUAUCAGAGCCAGAGGUUUACCAUGGCAGUCAUCUGAUCAGGACAUUGCACGAUUCUUCAAAGGCCUAAAUAUUGCAAAGGGCGGAGCUGCCCUCUGCCUUAAUGCUCAAGGCCGAAGGAAUGGAGAAGCCCUUGUGAGGUUUGUGAGUGAGGAACAUAGAAACUUGGCUUUGCAGAGACACAAGCACCAUAUGGGGAAUCGGUACAUUGAGGUGUAUAAAGCAACUGGAGAGGACUUUCUAAAAAUCGCAGGAGGCACCUCUAAUGAAGUGGCUCAGUUUCUGUCUAAGGAGAACCAGGUGAUAGUACGUAUGAGGGGGUUGCCUUUCACUGCUACUGCAGAAGAAGUGCUUGUAUUUUUUGGACAGAAGUGCCCAGUUACUGGAGGAAAAGAAGGGAUCCUGUUUGUUACCUAUCCUGACGGCAGGCCAACAGGAGAUGCUUUUGUACUCUUUGCAUGUGAGGAAUACGCACAAAAUGCACUAAAGAAACACAAAGACUUGCUGGGCAAGAGAUAUAUUGAAUUGUUCAGGAGUACAGCAGCAGAGGUUCAGCAGGUUUUGAACAGAUAUUCCUCCACUCCUCUCAUCCAACUGCCAACUCCUCCAAUAAUUCCUGUACUACCUCAGCCGUUCCUUCCUCCAGUGAAUGUUAGAGACUGCAUACGCCUUCGGGGGCUGCCUUAUGCUGCUAGCAUUGAGGAUAUCUUAGAGUUUUUAGGAGAAUUUUCAGGAGAUAUCCGAACACAUGGAGUCCAUAUGGUGCUUAAUCAUCAGGGACGACCAUCAGGGGACUCAUUUAUUCAGAUGAAAUCUGCAGAGAGAGCUUUUUUGGCAGCACAGAAAUGCCAUAAGAAGACCAUGAAAGACAGAUAUGUUGAGGUGUUUCAAUGCUCUGCUGAGGAGAUGAACUUUGUCUUAAUGGGGGGAACUUUAAAUCGCAAUGGAUUGUCCCCACCACCAUGUAAGUUACCAUGUUUAUCACCUCCCUCGUACACAUUUCCAUCUCCAACAGCUGUUAUCCCAUCUGAUGCUGGCACGCUGUAUUCACCGUCUCUUCUUUUGAAUCCCCGGGGCUUGCAGCCGUCUGCAGCAUAUUACCCAGCCGGGGCUCAGGUGUUUAUGAAUUACACUGCCUAUUACCCGAGCCCGCCCGGAUCACCUAGUAGCCUGGGAUUCUUCCCAGCAGCUGCUAAUGCCAACGGUAUACAACCUCACACUGGAGCUGCAGUAUUACGCAUGCAGGGAAUGGCAUAUAAUUCUGGUGUUAAAGAAAUUCUCAACUUCUUUCAAGGCUAUCAGUAUGCCCCAGAAGAAGGACUUAUGCAAGUAAAUGACCAGUCACGCGCACUACUUAACCAACCCAAAGAAUGGGUGUGCAUCUAAAUGACUUUCCAGCCACAGUCUAAAGAACCAAAAGAAGUCUUUUUAACAUUUGAUUUGAAAUGGAUAAAAUACUUUCUAAAAAGGAUCCCUGGACAAACUGUUUUCUCCACCCAGCUGUGUAAGCCGUUUAACCCAGGAAAUACACUGGAUCCAUCUGAAAAUACUUUAAACCAAUGAAUGAGCUGAAAUUCAAAGAAACUAUGUUGGAAGGCUCUGAAUAGUCAUAAUCAUUAAAAAAAAAUUAUAUAUAUAUAUAUAUUUUACAAGAAUGUUUUUCAAAGUCCAGCAUUAAAUUUCUGUGUUUUUCUUCCUGUGCGCUGGAAUGCUUUAAAUAUUUUUAGAUUUGUUUCUAAAUCUUUUCUCUACCUUUCUAUUGAUGUAUAUAUUUUUGUCUGUUUAAAAACACAGUCACCGAUGUCUAAUAAAAGAUUUUAUGUAUAUAGUAAUUUCUGCAGGGAACCAACCACACUUAACUUGACAUUUUAUUAAAAUGUUCAAAACCUACUGUUCUGUAGCUUCAUGAUGAAUAUUUUUGUAAAGUUGAAUUAUCUUGCUUUCUAUCCAAUAUAUUUUUUUAAAUGACCUGAUUUAAUUUUGUUCAUGCUUCAAAGAACCAUACCGUUAACGAUUUUCAAUGAUUGGAGGAAACUUUGCCUAAAACCUACACUGAAUAGGAACUUAUACUUCUAAAGAAAGCUAGCUAAAUGUAAUUAAACUACCAAUAAAGUAAUAUAUAACGCCCCUGAAAAAUGGCGCACAUAAAAUCUUUUGCUAGACUUCAGGUUUUAUGUACUGGUAAGAAUGUGAAUUAUACAAUGAUGACACAAUUCCUGUUGCAAUUGAUUUGAAUACACUGUAUGCCAAUUUAUCACUGCCACAUUACUGGAAACCCUUUCAUCAGCUGACAUAAUCACUUUGGUUAGUUGCUGUAUUGGAUUCUUUCCUCGUUACGCAGGAUAUGUGAGGGUUUUAGAAUUUAACCCUUUGACUGCCAGCUAGGGCUUGGUGUAUUCCUAUACAGUGUUUCCAUAUUUAUUCUAUGAAAGUUAAGGGUUAGAAUUGUUUUUUGAGAUCUGGACUUGUGUUUUAUGUAUUCCUCUCUGCAUCAUCUUUUAUUUAUUUUGUAUAAUGUUACAUAGGUCUUAUUACGAAGAGUAUUUCCUAUUUUGCUUCUUUGGUGAGCACUUUCUCUUUAAUGAGAGAACCCUCUCCCCUUUCUUUUCUUUGGAGAGUAUGUAAGAUUAUUGUACCCUUUAGUAGAAAUACUGGAACAGGCUCAAGCGAUCCAGCGAACAUGGUCACAUUAGUGAAUAUAGGCCUUAGGCAGAAGUGAAAAGUCUAGUCGGUGUGUGCUUUUUUUUGGCAUGUACACGUCUUAAACAUACCAAAAUUCCUCUUCUGAGCUAAGCUAUUGCUCAAAGUAGAAAUAGGUGUUCAAACUACCAGCUCAGUGUUCAUAAAAGCCUUUGAUCUAUAUUUUCUGGGUUGUGUGAUUGUUAUUAUAUAGACAGUGUGCAUUUACAUUUUAAUUCUUGAAUGUUCUAACUCUGCUCAUAAAGAACUCUAGGCUAACAAAUUACAGUGAUAUAACCAAUGAUAACAUGCUGCCUUUUGUGUUCAAAGCUCUUGAUCACAAAACUGGUUUAAAAUGUGCAUACUGUACAUGACAAAAGAGAAGACAUGGAAAGAAAUCCUGCAAAAAAUGAUAAUAUAAUGCUUAGAAAUUUUUUCUUUCUCAAGUAGAAAUUAUAAUGUAAUGAGUCCUAUUUUUGUAUUUAAAUACUAACUCUAAUAUAUGUGCAGCAAACUUCUAUUUAUAUUGGCCCGCAUGGUUCCUAUAGAAGGAGGGCUGUGUUAUCUAGGGGGACCAAGGUUAGGAUUCAUUGUCAGAAGGAUGUGCUGCUGUACACUAGAUUUAGUGUCCCAUGUGCCAGUCUAAAAAGUUAUUCCCUCUAGUAAUUCAUGUUUGGUCAGAAGAUUUAUAAAAUGCACUUGUCUGUAUAAUGUACUGUAAUCCUGUUGCAAACUAUGUAGCUAGUUCCUCUGCUAUUUACACCCCAUAAAUACAUGUAUGCACUUUCAGUACAACAUUCCGUGCUAGCAUUAUUACUUAAAGGGCCACUAAACCCAAAAUCUUUCUUUCAUGAUUCAGAUAGAACAUACAAAUUUAAACAACAUUACAAUUUACUUCUAUUAUUUAUUUUGCUUCAUUUUUGAGAUAUCCUUAUUUAAAGAAAAAGCAAUGCACAUGGGUGAGCCAAUCACACGAGGCUUCUAUGUGCAGCAACCAAUCAGCAGCUACUGAGCAUAUCUAGAUAUGCUUUUCAGCGAAGAAUAUCAAGAGAAUAAAACAAUUUAGAUAAUAGAAGUAAAUUAGAAAGAUGUUUAAAAAUGUAUUCUCUUUCUAAAUCAUGAAAGAAAAAAUGUGGGUAUCAUGGCCCUUUAACUUGGUCAAUGCAUAUUGGGCAGAAUGGACAUGGCAGUUCACUUAAAACUGGCUUAGAUGCUGCCAAAAACAUUAUUUAAUACAAUAUAGAAACCUAAUUGCCUUCUCAUAUGUUUUUAGUAAGGUCAGUUUUAAAAUGAAACAUUAGGGGUCAGUGUACUUUUAUAUUAGUUGGCUCUUAAGAAAUCUAUUGGAAAUGAGCUGCAUAAAUAAAUGUGAAGUAAAUGUUUACAAAAGGCUCAUUAAAUAUUUAGCUGUUCUUUAGGAACAUGGAAUGUUACCCAACUUGUUUUAUUUUAUGCGUUUUUUUUUUUUUUUGUAUUACUUAAUUUUGCAUUUUUGUGUUUUUAAUAAUCAUUAAUUCUGCAUACAGUCUAUGUGGAAUUUAAUGGAAGAUGCAUUUGUUCACACUCUGAGAUUUGUUCUGCUUAUGAAAUCUCCCUUUACCCAUAUGUUGCACAGUGACUGUAUUUUGAUUAUCAGCUCUUUUGAUCAGUCUUGUUAUGUUAUAUAUAAAGCAAUAGCUUUCCAUAGUUCUUGAUUACAGUUAUCUGUGUAUUUUCUUUUUCUUUCAUAAAGAGGUUGUCUCAUGCUUGAAGCACAUAGGCUGUAAGUUCACUACCCAAUCAAUAUUCUCAUCUAGCAUGACUUAGAAACAGGCUCCCAAGGAAAUGCAUUUUUUGGACUAGAUUAUCCAUUUUCUACAUCCAUUUUGUAUUAGACCCAAACAAAUUUGCUCAACAAAAAAUUAAAUUGAUGACCUUAUAGCAAAGGUGAUUCAAUAAUGCAGAAUGGACAGAACCUAUGCAAGUUACAUUCAAAUGACACCAACAUAGAAACAAUGUUUUCAUAAGGCAGUUUUAUGCUUUCCAGUUAACUGGGAUUAUCUAUUUGCUGCUUUUAAUGUUACUGAUUGACCUGUAAUAUAUUUACGAUCAGUUAUUAUAAAUAAAGUUUUUUGUUUUAUUAAUAUUUUGUAGAUUUGUAUGUUUUUGAGUAAAAACAAAAGAGAAAAAAAACAGGUUUCCCUUGAAUGUAAUGAUCACUGGAAAUCCUUCAUACCUAUGUUUCCAUGUUUUAUAGAAUAUUCUUACAAUAAAGUAUUUCUGCUUUGAAAGAUUUAAAAAAAAAAAAAAAAAAGUUAAUUUUACUUUUUGAAUUUAUGCAAAUAGAGAAUUAUUAACAAAAAAUAUUCUAUGAGUUAUGUUUUUUUUUCUUUUCUUUUUAUACAGUGUAUUUUUUGUGUGUGCUAAGAAUUACAGAAGCCAUCAUCUGUUAAUCCUAAAACCAUUAGCUUUGUGAGCUGCAAUGAAAUACUGUGUUCAACGUACUUUUUAUAUGUAUUUUUGUUUUGAAAGAUAAUCAUAGUUUUCAAGGUAAAUAAAUGUAGAUGUUACACUGCCUAAAAUAAUUUGUAUGUGUAAAUGACAAUGCAUUUUUUUUGUAUAGAUAUAUUUCAUAAUAAAAGUUAUGUUCUAUUCAUUUUCAAA